AUGAGGGCACUUAGGCUUGGCUGCGGGCAUGCGUCGCUGGUUGGCGUCUGCCUGUUGCAAUUUGGCGUGGUGCGAACGCCGCACCGCUCUGCUGCGCAGCAGGGUAUUGUCGCGACUGAUGUCUCCGCGAGAGAUUCGGCUGGGGCCGGUGACGGUGUGGCAUUGGGGACUUCGCCAGCCUUCGAGGAUGACACGUUUGCGGGCGAUUUUGACGAGCUUGAGGCCGCCUCACAAGAGAUACACGACCUCUGCUUUGCCAUGGUGAACUACCUGCGGAAGGUGGACCCUGACGAAACGAAGGCCCUCUUCGAGAAGCGCUCCGCCCGACGCUUUCGUGAAACGGUGCCUGAGCACAAGCGUCGUCUGCUCCAUGGCAGUGGCAUGAAGAGUUUGCACCGGAAGAACUGCUACAGGACAAACGAGGAGUAUGAAGAGGCAACCCAACUGUUUCUUCAGUUCGGUGAAAAACUGCUACUGCUUCUCUCCAAACCGGUUAUGGACAGAAUGAUCGAAUCGGCGGGAAAGGUGUACAGUGACCAUCGCUCCGAUGGGGUUCACAGGUAUCGCAAGCCUCUAGAGCGGGCAACUUGGCGUGGAUUUCCGCACCGUUGGUUUAAGCAUGCACCAUUCGAGGUCCAGCAGCUUCGUGCGGACAUACCAGAGGCGACGGUGAAGAAUACACGGACGAUGCGUGAUAUCUCUACGAUACGCUCGCUGUUCACGCUCAUAGAGCCACAGCAUGCAUUCAGGUCGAGACUUGAGGGCCGUCUUUUUGAAAUCACGCAGGAGUAUGAUCCAGUACACGGGAAUAGCAGGCGUGUGUAG